CUCUAAAACAGCGUUGUUAAUUGUUCAAAAUGGAAAAGGUUUUUACUUGCUAACAUUAUCCCAUCUUACCCCACCGUACUAUAUAUAUUAAAAAUUAUUUUUUAACAGAUUCAGUCAAGUCGAUAAAUAUUCUAGUUUUUUGUGUAGCAGUCAUUAAAAUGAGGACACUGGUUUUCUUAAAUCUCGUUAUUUUGAGUGCAGUUCCUAUGCAAUCACAAGGUAACCAACUGGAACAUCCAUUAAAAACAAGCGGUUUAUGGACGCAAACAAACCACUACUCGUCGAACCCGGAGUCAGAAAUAAUUGUUCCUUAUCAGUUUUGUUUGUCAUCCGAACCAAUAUGCGUUAAAGCAACAGCGACACCUACUGUUCAACAUUCAGGAUAUAAUUUCACCACUAGGGUAAAGGAUUACGGUUUGACUUUCUUAUUGGUCGAAGUUACCCGUACGGAUGAAAAUGCUGGUUGGAGCGGCGUGGAUUUCAAAAUAGAAUGGAGCAUUUAUACAGGGAGUGGGGCCUUCUAUCAAGGUCAUCUUAUAUGGUUGCCUGUUCGUACCGAUGGUUCAUAUAGGGAUAAGAAAACAGCCGAGACUGAAUGCAGUAAUGCUGGCGACGGUUAUUUGGUCGACUUAGAAAACGAAGAUAUGUAUGACGUAGUUUAUGAUUACGUCAGCAGAACCUACGUAUCAUCCAGCAAUUUUAACCAUGUUUCAGUUUGGUUGGGGUCGACCUAUGACGUAGUGACACACACCGUUACGAAGAGCGAUGGCACACCAGGGUACUAUGGUAGUUGGAAGAAUGGUGGUUUGUUCCCAUCAAAUGUUACGGCAAUGACACAUAUGUACAUCAAAGUGGGGAUCGGUAGCGACCCGGCCACAACAGUAGGCAUAUCGAAUACAUGGGCAAACAUUCGUGUUCUGCCUUUGUGUUCGAAAACAAUCUAAGUUUGCGUUGGAAAUGAAUCAAUAAAUGAAUGUAAAUUAUCUAUCUUCGCAUGGCGGGUCAGACGUCACCCGUAUAUGUGCAACAAGCAUUAUGAACACGAGUCUUUACAGUUAAACGUUUUCAUUCAAUUCCUAUACCUACCUCUUCGAUGUAUAUGAUAAUUUACCUUGUUUUCUUUUAUUUAUGUUAUAAAAUGUCAGCGCUUUUAAACCAUUUUCUCUGCGAAGAAAAUGCAAUGCGUUUUUGCGAUUCAAUUUAUCGUGUAUAUUCGUAUAUUAUUUGGUUAAAUACAAAUUUGUGUGUUAAUGCAAUAAAUAGUUAAGCAUGUAAAACAACAGAGUGGUUUGGGGUAAGAUGGUCCACGUUUUUCAGUCUCUGUUUUUUCGUGGCAUACAAUACACUUUAACUGCUGUCGUCAAGCCUCGAACCCCGUACUGUUUGAACUAGCGCAGGCGCUCUAACUGUUGACCAAGCACCCAAUUGGUAAUAUACAAGUUGUUGUUAAAUAAACCUUUGAAUAAACAUUCAAAGGGACAAAACAAACGCUUUCAUCCAUUC